AUGGACUAUAAUCAGGUACACUUGAACACCAUACAGCAGCUCAACGAGCCGCAAAAAUCUAAUACGCCCCCUGCCCAAUCACAUAUGAUCGGCAUGCCUAUUGUUCCAGUAUACCCUACUGAGUAUCCAUCAGACUCAAUGCAACACUCGCCACCAGAUAGCACUUCGAGAUUUCAACAUUUACUUGUGCAUCAUCGUAAUGAAGAUCCUCAGACACAGAAGUAUAUACAGGAGCAUCACAUACGGCAAUUGCUUCGUCUUGAAAAGGAGGAGCAGCAGCAAAAAGAACUACAGCAACAGCAACAGGAACAGGAACAAACAGAACAGGGCGAAAGCGAAUCCACAGAGCAGCCAUCGAUUAGAGUAACCAAGGACAAGUAUAACAUUAAUGAUUUCAGGCUGGUACGCACCCUGGGAACGGGCUCUUUCGGAAGGGUGCAUUUGGUUCGAUCCGUCCAUAAUGGGCGUUACUACGCGAUGAAGGUAUUGCGUAAGCGUCAAGUAGCCAAAGCCAAACAAAUAGAACAUACCAACGAUGAACGAAAGAUUCUUGCAAUGGUUCAACACCCCUUCAUUACACGUAUGUGGGGCACAUUUCAGGACUCUAAGAGCAUAUUCCUGGUGAUGGAAUAUAUUGAGGGUGGGGAACUUUUUUCACUCCUUAGGAAAUCCAAAACCUUCCCAAACCAAGUCGCCAAGUUUUAUGCAGCUGAAGCAUUUCUUGCAUUGGAGUAUUUGCAUUCACAUAAUAUCAUUUAUCGAGAUCUUAAACCAGAGAACAUUUUGUUAACCAAAUCAGGACACAUCAAACUAACAGAUUUCGGGUUUGCUAAAGAAGUCAAACUGAAAACUUAUACUCUUUGCGGAACUCCAGAUUACAUCGCCCCUGAAGUUAUUGCAGUGCAACCAUACAACAGAGCUGCUGAUUGGUGGUCGUUUGGAAUCCUCAUAUACGAGAUGUUGAGUGGAACUACUCCCUUUUACGACCAGUCACCUAUGAAGACGUAUGAGAACAUCACUAGAUGCGAAUUGCGAUUUCCUCCCGGUGAUUCUUUUUUCCAAGCGGAUUCACGGGACCUUCUUACUAAACUUAUUACUAAGGAUGUGACGUAUAGACUAGGGAACCUUCAAAAUGGAUCAUAUGACAUCAAAUCCCAUGCUUGGUUCCAAGAAGUUGUAUGGGAGAACCUCUUGAAUGGAAAUAUAGAGACUCCAUAUGAGCCGAACAUUCCAUCAGGAGUGGGUGACAGUUCUCAAUUUGACCAUUAUCCAGAAGACGAAUACGAUUACGGUGUUCAGGGUAAAGAUGAGUUUGGAUAUCUAUUUCCGGACUUUUAG